AAGUGUCAGGUCUCCUCGGAUCUCCCGAGAUGAACCACUUGUCGGCCACUCUAUCGACCAAGACCAACUCAAGUCUUGGAUCCACUGGCUCAGCUGGUUAUCACACUUAAGUACACCGGCAUUAACCCGUUGCCCUCACUUGUCAGGCCCAUCUUCCUACUUAAUUAGAUGAUUAUCAUGAUCGGUACCAACUUCGUGAGGUUCACAUAUGGUCACAAUUGCAGGCGGCAUGUUCUUUUAAGUUUCAUUUAUUAUUGGGUUUGCAGCCGUUGAUGUGCUUGCAGGUGGUAGGUGGUCUAGGUUAAUUAGCCUGCGCAUUUCCGGCGCUUCCGAGCUUGUUCAAACACAGAUUUUUGAAACCCUUGAACUACCUUCGAAUCGACCUUGUUUCAAUAUUUGGUUAGUUUGGAAAUGCCUGCAGUUGUAAUGGACGUGUCUCAGAAUGGUAGCGUAAGAAGUGUUGAUCCACUAUGCACCGUGGCUGAGAUCGAAGAAUGUGAUUUCUCGAGGCUAGCUGACAGACAUAGACCCCUUAAUAUAGAAAGGCAGAGAUCUUUCGAUGAAAGGUCUCUUGGUGAAUUGUCUAUGGGUUUCUCCCCAAGACCUUCCUCCAGAAAUGUUGAGAAUCCCUUCCGUAUGAUAGAUCACCUUGAUAAUAUAUAUUCUCCUGGUAGAAGGUCUGGUUUGACCACCCCCCGCUCACAGACUUAUUUCGAGACACACCCUAUUGUUGCUGAAGCAUGGGAAGCUUUGAGACGUUCUUUAGUGUACUUUCGUGGCCAGCCAGUUGGGACUAUUGCUGCAUUGGACCACUCUGAAGAAGAACUUAACUAUGAUCAGGUAUUUGUGAGAGAUUUUGUUCCAAGUGCAUUGGCCUUUUUGAUGAAUGGGGAACCUGAAAUAGUAAGGAACUUUAUUUUGAAAACUCUCCGUCUGCAAUCUUGGGAAAAGAAGAUUGAUCGUUUCAAGCUAGGAGAAGGGGUAAUGCCAGCAAGUUUUAAAGUGCUCCAUGAUCCUGUUAGGAACUAUGAAACUUUGAUUGCAGAUUUUGGUGAGAGUGCAAUAGGCAGAGUUGCUCCUGUUGAUUCUGGAUUUUGGUGGAUUAUACUGCUUCGGGCAUAUACAAAGUCUACAGGAGAUUCUUCUUUGGCUGAAAUGCCUGAGUGCCAAAGGGGUAUGCGCCUUAUUCUGAGUUUAUGUCUUUCAGAAGGGUUUGACACAUUCCCAACUCUGCUCUGUGCUGAUGGAUGUUGUAUGGUUGAUCGUAGAAUGGGUGUUUAUGGGUACCCUAUUGAAAUACAAGCUCUUUUUUUCAUGGCUCUGAGAUGUGCUUUGGCUUUACUUAAACAAGAUGACGAGGGCAAAGAAUGUGUAGAGCUAAUAGCUAAACGGCUCCAUGCACUUAGUUUUCACAUACGAAGUUAUUUUUGGCUUGAUUUAAAGCAGCUCAAUGAUAUUUACAGAUAUAAAACAGAGGAGUACUCUCACACUGCAGUUAACAAGUUCAAUGUUAUGCCAGAUUCUCUUCCAGAUUGGGUAUUUGAUUUCAUGCCAUCUCGUGGUGGUUACUUUAUUGGAAAUGUCAGCCCAGCAAGAAUGGAUUUCCGUUGGUUUUGCUUGGGUAAUUGUGUUGCAAUUUUGUCAUCUUUGGCAACUCCUGAACAAUCUGCAGCCAUCAUGGAUCUUAUUGAAUCACGUUGGGAAGAAUUGGUUGGAGAAAUGCCAUUAAAAAUUUGUUAUCCAGCCAUAGAAGGUCAUGAAUGGAGGAUCGUAACUGGCUGUGACCCCAAAAAUACUAGGUGGAGUUAUCACAAUGGAGGAUCUUGGCCAGUGCUCCUAUGGCUCCUAACAGCUGCAUGCAUCAAGACUGGACGCCCCCAGAUUGCACGGCGUGCUAUUGAGCUUGCUGAGAUGCGGUUGUUGAAGGACAAUUGGCCUGAAUAUUAUGAUGGGAAGCUUGGAAGAUAUAUUGGGAAGCAGGCUCGUAAGUUCCAGACUUGGUCUGUAGCCGGUUACUUGGUUGCAAAGAUGAUGCUUGAAGACCCAUCUCAUUUGGGUAUGGUGUCACUUGAGGAGGACAAACAGAUGAAGCCCUUCAUGAAGAGAUCAGCCUCAUGGACAUGUUGAUUCCAUUUCCCUCUUCUUCCUCUUUCCUUUGUAAUACUUUUAGUUAAUCUGUUAGAAUUAUGAGAAGGGAUGUAACUGCAUUGACAACGUUCAUUAAGGUUGGCAUAUAUCCUUUCACCGAUGAGGUAUUUUUAGUUUUUAGUUGAUUAGUUUCUGAGAAAGUACUUUGGUUCCCUCUUCCUACUAGAAAGGUCAAAACAUUGAAACGUAUUGGUGUAUAUAGAUUGAUACU